AUGAGUUAUAAGGAGGUUACCGUUGUCGAGGAGUCAGAUGAUGCCUACGCACCACCUGGGUUCACACCAAGUUAUCCACCACCAGAAUCAUAUCCUCCGGUACCACCACCACCUGGGUACGUACCAAUUUAUCCGCCACCAGCAUCAUACUCUCCAGUACCACCACCACCUGGAUUUCAGGGAUACUUCAAUGAUGGUGGUCCACCACCUCAACAGCCCUACCAACAGGUUCAGGAAGAUGAUGACUCAGGCUGCUGCCCUUUUCUAAAAGGAUGGUAG